GUUCCCCUAUCUAUCACAGCCAGUUCCUCCAUUUAAGAUGCUGACUUGUUUAUGUUGAAGGGGACAAGUGAAUGACUUUUGGCGGCUCUUACGCUCCACUUCGAGGACUCGUUUGAGGCGUUUUUUUGUCUUCUGUUUUGUUGCAGGAAAUGGGGGUUUGAAGUCUGUUUAGCUGCUGAUUUGUGGUUGAUAGAGACAAGGGAGAUUAACUGAGACACGUCUGAUAAGGCGUGGAGUUUUUUUUUUUUUUAAGUGGAUGACUGGCAGGUGAGCAGCCCUCAGACCCAGCAGCUCUCUGUCCUGGGCACAUAAACAAGACAGAGGACACAGAGGAGGAGGAGGAGGAGGAGGAGCAGGGUCAACCAUGGAGCUGUAGGAACACGCUCAGAUGCCCGAGCAGAUCGCCAGUGGAGGAGGAGUGCUGCUGAGGAGAACAACUCUGCAAUGAACAAGACCAAAAGGAAGCCCAAUGUGGAGAGUCCUGGUGUGCUGAAGAGCAAGAAGCUGGUCCAGCGGAGGAGGAAUACAUGUCCCAGUCCUCAGGACAUCAGCCGGGCCCUGCAGAGCCCCAGCGCUGCUCCCAGUGCCAGCGCCGCCAGCCUGGAUGAGCUCAUCCAGCGCUGCCUCAACUGCUUCGAUUCAGAGGGGAAGCUUUCGAGCCCCAGAGGGUCCCAGUUGGUCCACAUGACCCUGAUGAUGCACAGCUGGGUCGUACCAUCUCAGACGUUUGCCCAGAAAGUUCUGGCUCUUUAUAAGGACUGUCCGUCGGAUAAAAGAGGACUCAGGCGGACGCAGAUCUGCCACCUUGUCAGGCAGUGGAUCAGCCAGUUCCCUGCAGUAUUUGAGGUGGACCCCCUCCUGGAGCAGACCAUGGGGGACCUGUGGGCUCUGGUCCGGUUGGACGGAGAAGAGACGCACUCGCAGCUCAUCGACUCCUCCUGCUUAAGUCCUCAUGUGAACGUAUCCCAGGCUCCGUCGCCCUCCGUGAAGAAGAGGAAGGUGUCCUUGAUCUUCGACCACAUGGAGCCGGACGAGAUGGCUGAGCAUCUCAGCUACCUGGAGUUCAAGAACUUCUGUAAUGUUUCAUUCCUGGACUAUCGCAGCUACGUGGUUCGAGGUUCGGUGAGGGAUAAUCCUCCUCUGGAGCGGUCGGUCAUGAUGUGUAACGGCGUCUCCCAGUGGGUCCAGCUGAUGAUCCUCAGCAGACACACGGCUCAGCAGAGAGCUCAGGUCUUCACCAAGUUCAUUCACGUCGCUCAGAAACUUCGAGCUCUGCAAAACUUUAACACUCUAAUGGCAGUAACUGGGGGCCUCUGUCACAGUUCAAUCUCCCGCCUCAAAGACACUUCGAACCUGCUGCCUCCUGACAUCACUAAGGCCCUGAGUGAAAUGACUGAGCUGCUGUCCUCGCGCAGCAACUACAGCAACUACCGGCGGGUUUACAACGAGUGCAGCGGCUUCAAGGUGCCCAUCCUUGGUGUCCACCUGAAGGACCUGAUCUCGCUGAACGAGGCGCUGCCGGACUACAUCGACGAGGAGAAGAUCAACCUGAGCAAGCUGCAGCACCUGUACAGCAACAUCAACGACCUGCUGGCCAUCCACAGCUGCACGCCGCCGUUCGAGGCCAACAAAGACCUGCUGCAUCUGCUCACGCUCUCUCUAGAUUUAUACUACACCGAGGAUGAGAUAUAUGAACUUUCAUACACCAAGGAGCCCAAAAACCCCAAGAUCCAGCCUGUAGCUGCAGUUAAACCGCCGGUAGUGGCAGAGUGGGGUUCAGGGGUCACCCCCAGGCUCGACCCCGACACCAUAUCCAAUCACGUCAAACAGAUGGUGGAUUCCGUCAUGAAAAACUACGACCAGAACCAGGACGGCUACAUUUCACUGGAGGACUUUGAAAAAAUAGCGGCCAACUUCCCCUUUUCCUUCUGCACUCAAGAAACUGACAGGGUGGGACAAAUCAGCCGUGAGGAAAUCACCUCUUACUUAAUGAGGGGAAUGUCGGUAUGUGCCAAGCUGGGCUACAACUUCAAAGACGCACAUAACUUCCACGAAACCGCGUACAAACGGCCAACGUUCUGUGACACAUGUGGGGGCUUUCUGUGGGGAGUCAUCAAAGGGGGCUUCCACUGCAAAGACUGUGGGAUGAACUGCCACAGACACUGCAGAGACCUGGUGGGAUCGGAGUGCGUAAAGAAACACAAAAACACGACUGGGUCCUGCCCGUGCACGCCUGCGCCCGACUCCAGAACCAAGGGCAGCAGCUGUAGUUCGGAGGAGGAGACGUUCGUUUUUCCUCAAAGCAACGAGACAGAACACAACAAAAACAACAUGAGCGACUCGAUGCUGUCGGACCGAUCGACUCAGACGGAUCCUGGCGUGUGGAUGCCCGAGAAGAAGGACAAACGAGGAAACCACCUCAACUCCCUCCUACAUGCGUCUCCAGAGAGAAAGGUGAACACUCUGCCACAUAGAGCCCGUGGUUCGUCCAUGCCCGUUUCCUUCUUGCAGGAGAAGAUGGAGGAGCUUCAUAUGUACAAAGACAAAAGCCGAGAGCCGGAUUGAGCUCUCACAUUUCUCCCACGCUGACUAAACUUGCAGACAUCACCACGUUUGUGACGAAGCCGCGUCUGACUGGUGUUGAACUGAUGAGAUUUUGUGGCUGUUCAGAAUGUUGGCAGUUAUAAAUGGACUCCUUUCGUGUUUCGAGUACGGUUGUGACCUGUUUUUAAUUUUAUGUCAGCCUUAUUAGUGUGGCUGUUAGGGCUUCGAACAUCGGUUUUUCUGACUGUAAUUUAUGAACACCUCGUUUUGUUUUUUUAGAACACGUGCCUUGGUUCUCUGGUGCUAAGAUUCUACACAGCCUCAGUCCAUGUGAAGUCAUUUAUAACAACCUGUCAUCUACAUACAUUUUAUAAAUGCAGGGUAGGAAAUUAACACUAACCUCAGCAAAAUUCUGGUUGAUUUUAAGUUUGGCAGCUAUAUGGCGACUCUGUUUAAGAUCUAAACGAAAUUGAAUUGCUAUUUGUUUAGCUUUGGAUUGGGUUAUAUAUGAUGAUAUAUAUACAUACAUACAUACAUACAUACAUACAUACAUACAUACAUACAUACAUACAUACAUACAUACAUACAUACAUACAUACAUACAUACAUAUAUAUAUAUAUAUGCAUAUUUCCUUAACAAACAGUAGAUAUUGCUGCAUCAUUAAGCCCCUUUCAGACAUUCAGAGUCAAAACUGCAGUUGUACAAGGUUGGACUUGGACACAUGCACAGAAUUUUCAGUGUUUAGGAAUUGAUAAGUAAACAAGAAGAGCACUCAGAGAGCGCAGUACCCCGCCAAGGCUGCUCAAUGGUUGUAUAAUUUCCAACUGAUAAGUCCCGAUAAGUUCACAGUGGUCGAUUUGUAGUAGGAUUGCAAUCAUGUGCUCAUCAGCAGGCAGCUGAUGCCCUGCUGCUAUCUCGCAACGGUCCAGAAAUCUUUAACAAAUCCGUGGAUCCAGACUAGAAGCCACAUCACUGUCAAAAUCUAAUCAGUUGAUCCUUGGGUCACUUCUGACCUUCCCUGAAAAUUUCAUUCAAAUCUGUUACUCCAUUUUUGAGUGACGUUGCACACAGACAGACUAACAGACGGACAAGCGUACGCCGAUCGUCACAUAACUCCACCGCGUUCCUUGGUGGAGUAAUUAUUUUGACAGUUUGUUGUACAUUGUUUGAGUUACGGUCCGCUGUGACUCUGUCCAUCACUGUCGAAGGUACGUGUGAAUGAAGCAGUGACGAACGUUAACAGAAAAAUUAUCCAUUCUGAAUGAUAGAAUGCCUUAAUUUUACAUAUUCCAUGUCUGAAAGGGGCUUUACUGAGCUGUCUAUUCCUUUUGUUUCUCUGGUUUCUAUAACACCAGAUGAUGGUAGAUUAUUUUGCACAUCAGUGAGGCUCUGUCUCAGCAGCAAUAUUGGAUUUAUUGGAAUUUUGCAUGUAGUUAUAUAUAUGAGGAGGGCUAUUUUCAUCUGGUUAGUUCCUCCUGAAAUGUAAAUCCAAACUUCUGCUGCUACAAAAUUAAGAAAACAUAGACAGGUGACAGAUUAAAGGAAAAACCUGAACCCUUGACCCCCACCAGUGAGGGGAUGAGGUGGUUCUGAGAAGCUGUUGGUAUCAAUGAAUCUUAGCAGGAAGAAUCGGUUUCAAAUCAGGACCAAUCAUUCAGAGUGGUCACCUUGGGAUGGACCCUUCCAGGGUGACUGUGCCCACAUCGAUAGGCCAAGAGGGGUCACCAAAUGGUUUGACAAGUAUAAAGAUUUAAAUUACCAGAUUUUGGACCUCUACAACCAUCGAAACACCAAUGGAGUGAAUAUCUUUUGGAAAAAUGCUCGUUCGUCCCUCUAGAAGAGUCCCAGACACUUGGAGAAUCAAUACCAAGACAUAAUGAAGCUGUUCUAGCAGCCCAACACCUUGUCAAGAAACUUCAUGGGUUUUUCCUUUCAUUUCUCACCUAUUUGUGUAUUAAUAUUACCCAGCCCUUGUUUUUUUUUUUAGAGUAACAAAAGGAAGUUGUCAAAUCCAGUCCAUCAGGCAAAAUGUUUUUUUUCCUGCCCUCACAUGUUUUGACUUUCAAAUUUGUCCAAAAAGUUAUUCAAGGUUCAGCAGGACUGCACUGGAACAAUACUUACGGUCCAAAAUUUGGCAUUUUAUUUCAAGCUAAAUGCUUUAUUUCUUGUGUCCUUUUUCCAUGAUUUCGGUUUUGUUGAAGAACAAGAAAAAUACACCAACAAAGACAAGUCAUAAAGCAUGUGUUGUGCUUGAAUUCACCCACUGCUAGAAGAAAUGAUCACAUGAACAUCUACAGGCGUAUACAACUGCGUUUAUUGUAUAAAGACAAGAAGACAGCUUGCGUAACUGGUCAAAAUCAGAUUUUCAUUUUCAGGUAGAAAAAAAUGGGUUUGACUGAAGGCUUUAAACUACUGGACUCAAUGAACAGCAAUCACAAAGGGAUGGGGAAAAAACUGCACAUACAACUACUCAACAAGAGUGGCAAAAUAUUAUUCGUAAUUAAAGACUGGAUCAAAUACUACAGUAUCAACACCUAUAAAAAUGUUCCAUAAUGUUUGGAUUCAUUUGCAAUAACUAAAACGUGCUCACUCGAUAACUGAAAAGUAAACGGCAAGACAGAGGAAACGGGGCAUGAAGUUAAAAAGCAUGCAUUUUGUUCUUAAGCUUCUCAAAGCAAGCAAAAUUAUUCAGGCUUUGCUGUACUUUUCCUGUCAUUUUUUUCACACUACGCAUCCUAGAAAUAUACAAUUACCUCUUCAAUCUGUAGGAAAUGUGGAGUGCAGACAUCCACAUUCAAUGCAUAAUCGAUAACAUUCAUUAAAUGUCUUGAUACCUAUCAUCUACCACCUCACGGUCACUGCUUAGAGUAAGACUUAAUUCAGUAAAAAUAAUGAAAAGACAUCAAUUUGUAUACAAUUUAUGUGUACAUUGGUGAGGAAUGAAGGCUACUGUGUUAAACCAGACAGAGAAUGUUAUGGUCAGUGACUCAAUGUGGGACUGUACAAAAGUAAUUUGCUGCAGAGGUCAGAGGUGUUCAGGACAAAGGUGGAUGCAGGUAGAGAUGCAGGGCGAAGCUACUGGGAACCAGAAGACGAGCCUUGGCUGCCCUGUCCAGGGUAGCCGCCAUACUGGCUGUAAUACUGGUUCCACUGGUUCUGGUUCUGGUAGUACUGCUGCCACUGCUGAGCGUACUGGAGGCAAAAACAGAAACAGCAGUUAGAGAAUGUUUACAUUCAGCUUAGUUCUUCUAUUCUGCACCCGUGUCUAUCUUGUGUUAAACUGAACAUUUAAUGUAUGCAGGCUGCAUGCAGAGCAACUGCUGCAUCAGAAUUCUUCCUCUACAAUCAAUGAAACUGGCUACACCAGCUGUGAGCAGCAUGUAAGCAGGAGCUAUCCACUCUGCACUUGCAAAUAUAGACCAGGAUUUUAUUUAUAGUUCAACAUGAGACGUGCAGUUUUUUAUAACACAGAAAUGGGACCUACAGCAUCUACAGUUUCUGAUCAAAUUACCGCUAUCCAGGAAAUUAUUUCUUUGUAUCAAACAUGGCUUCAACUUCGGAGUCAAAAUCACCCCAUCUGCAUUUAUUUGCAAGUCCCAGGUGACGGUUGAUUAGUAACUUGAUCUGUAACAGAGUCUACUGUGGUCUGUAGAUGUUAAAUUACCCAUAUUACACAAAGUCUUUACAAUACUUCACAGUGCUUUGCUCUGACACAACAUUCCCAAAUUGAAAGGAGCAACCUUAUUAAACAUGCUGCGCAUACAGAAUACAAAGUGGAGAGCUGUGCAGGUGUGUGAAAGCACAUUGCAGACGUUUGGAUUCAUUUCUAUUCUACAGUAAAGACUCCACAGCAAUCUAUUACUACUACAAUGAAUUCAGGACAACGGUAGUCACUGUGUUGCCUUUCUCUGCUGUCUGCCCCAUAUUUUUUACUGGCAAAUUCCCCACUCUUACUGCCCUGUAUAUGUAUGCUGUGGUCUGUGUGAUGUUAGUGUCAUCUUUUUUUUACUUAAAAUGUGUGUAAAAGGAGGUGCAGUUAUUCCAUCGCUGUUCACCUACCUGCUGAUAUUGCUGGUUGUAGCUCUGUUGUUGCUGCUGCUGCUGCUGUUGUUGCUGUGGCUGUUGCUGGUGGUGGUUGUACGUCUGUGCAGUGGCAGGUGUCUGGCUGUAGCUCUGGCUGUAGCUCUGGCUGUAUCCUGGAUACUGACUGUAGUUGCUGUAGUAGUUCUGGUUGUAGCUGCCCUGGCUGUACCCUUGGCUGUAGCCCUGGUGGCGAAGGAGAACAUUCAUGCACUGUUAGUUUUUUUUCCUCAAAUUUUUAAUUACUCAGACUUUAGAUAUGAAGGUCAUGUUAAGCACCUGGUUGUAUCCUCCCUUGUUGUAAGGGGAUGGACGAUUGUAGCUUCCCCCUGAUUGCUGGCUGCGGUUGUAUCCACCACGUGUAUCAGAGCCUCCGUCACGGUAGCUGUUGCCCCACCGAUUCUGGUUAUAGCUGCCACGGUUGUAACCUGCAAAAUAAACCAAAAUGAUGUCCCAAGAUCAGUCUGCAUGCCUUUACCGAAUGAUGACAUGUUAGCUGCAGUUUGAGCGCCUUAUGUACAAGAGCAAAGGAUAUCUUUGUUGCUGAACCAUGGCCUCAAUUUCUGAAAGAUCCUUAGAUACUGAUCUUUCGGGAAAAAGAUUUGUGACCUGAAUCUACCAAAUAUAAUAUAGUUUGAGUCUCACCUCCUCUGUAUCCGCUGCCACCAUCUCCACUGCGGUUCUGGUAGCCACCGCGGGAACCAUCACGGUUGUCAUACCGCUGGAAGCUACCGCCGCCGCGGCCACGGAACCCACCCUGCCUGUUGUCAAAGCGUUUCUCAGGGGGCGGGCCAGCCUUGCGGCCUUCCUCAUUGUACUGCUUCAUCAGCUUUUCAGCCUCUUCGGACUGCAGCUCAAUGAACGUCACCGCCUCCAGGAAGUCGCAAGCCUCGGGGAGAGUAAAGUUGGCUUGUAGAGGGACAAAGGUGACCACAGGUGAAGGAGGACGAGAGAGAGACAACCCAUCCAGCAAGAGUCGGAUGGAGAGGCAGAGGAAGAGAGAGAAAGAAGAGGGGUGGGGGGUUUGUAGUGAAGACCAGAGCAGCCACACCACCAGAAGACAAAAUGAACAAUAAUUACUAUUAUACAGGGGCAGUGUAAAUCAGAGAAACUAAGAGCAGAUAAUGAAAGCAGAUGGCAGGGUAAAGGGAACAAACAUUACCUCCAGGGGAACUUGGAGGAAACAUUUGUUUAAGCAGACACAGGAGAGGGAGGAGACUUCAGUAGAGGUGGGGAGGGGGACAAAAAGGAAAACUAAAAGGUUGGUGAGAAGAGGAAACAGCACUGCAAACCAAGGACAGCUGAUGUAAUGGUGUUACGAAUUAACUUCCAACAACAUGGGCAUGUGACUGCUUGUAAGUUUGCCAUUUGGAAACAUCCUUUUCAUGGAAGCCAGUUGUGCAAUAUUAGCCCGACUAUUAUGUGACCUAAAAAAGGCCAAUAUCUCAGUUUGCAGUGCAUCAGAAGUAAGCUGAAUGGCAAAGUGGCAGAUAGAGGGCAAAAAAAUAAGAAUCAAAGUCACAUGGACUGUUUAAAAAAAUGUCCAGGUCUGAUAUCUGGCCAAAGGCUAUGAUGGGGGAAGGGGGGGAGGGGGCAUCUUCCAAGUUUGAUUUUAGAGACAACACAUAGAAAAAGUAAAAAGUAGAUCUGGUGUUUUAUUUGUUGUUUUCCACAGCAUUCCUACCUUUCAUUUCUAAAACAGCAUGAUCGGGCACAUCCUUCCCCUGCUCAUUGGUUUGCUUUAAUGUUCGUUCUUUUAAAUCCUCGUCCGUGGGACAAAUUACAAUAGCCUUGCGUUGAAAACCUUCAAAAGGACGCAUUUUUCGUCUCCUUGCUGAUCCAUAUACAUUUGUCUAGCAAUGGUGACAAGAAAGAAGUAGAAGCUUGUUUGUUAUUGUUUACUUGUAAUGGCUUUCCACUGGAAGGAAGCUGGAACCCUGCAAUAAUGAAGUGAGAGAGGUUUGGCUUGGAUGUCAGUCUACGUUUUUACUCAGGUACUAGUGGCCUCUCGUCACUCCACAGACUUACCUCACAGCCUGUGCAUUCAGGUACCCGGUGACUGCUGAUGGAUGUUAGUUACGAACAGAGGGACCCCACAACUAUUUAAACUGACUGCACUGUCCAUUUGCUCAAUUACCUUACAGCACUAAGAUGUACAAGUUUAACAGAUUGUUGAGUAGUUACUUAUUCAGUGUCAUCAUGCGGUGACAGUGUGUUGUAUGUGAAUGUAUUUUAAGAAGGGUUAUUACUGCAUUCUGUUGAAAACAAUGUGAUUAUGUAGGAUGAUCUAAAUCGAGAAUCUUUAUGCCCCAAAUGCUGUUAUAAUGACUAAAAGUGUGAUGACUGCAAAAUGUUCUUAACUUGCUGUAUUACAGUUACAACAUAGCAUUAAUCAAUAUUCAUUCAACGGAUUACUUCUGGGUUCUUGCAUAUUAAAUAAAGAAAUACAGUGAAGGAAAUUGCCAUAAAAUACAAAUUACAAUUGAUAAAGAGAUGCAUGAUUCCUACUGGUUACAUGGUUAAUUAGCAAAGUGUUAGAUAUUCUACAUGUUGCCAUUCAACACUCAAAUUAGUCACUCCAGGAUUUGUCAUUAAAGGAAAUUAUGACAACUGGGAAGAUCAAAAAUGUUGCAGUCUCCUCCCAACACAAUCUACGCAUGCAACAAUGUAUGAUCACA